AUGAAGUGGGUCGUCGAAUCGUCUCCGGCGGCUGUCACCUGGCGGAGCGGAAAAAACGGCGACUUUGCGGCUCUCCGGCGGCUGUCACCUGACAGAGAGGGGCUGGAUGGAGGUGAGGCGCGUGUUAGGGAGCUUCAUCCUCAGGUCCGCGCAGCAAGAGGAGGCUCUUCAUCGCAUCUGGUACGCUCUCAGGAGGUGGCGACUAGUCUCCCGGCGGAUCAUCCUCUUCCCGACGACGGCUUGUUCGUCGAUCAAUCGGAGAUGAUUUACUCGAUGGAUUGCGAUCCUUUUAUCGCAAAUCGUUCAGAAAUUUUAGUAGCAAUGCUCCGCGAAUCGCGUUGACGAGAUUUUCGCCGAUGAUCUAGCGAUUCCGGUUGCUUAAUCCUUCACCGGCGAUCUGCAGGAAAGUCGCGAUAAUCAGUUAAAAAUAUAUGAAUUUUGACUCUGGGAGGAUUUGAACCCGCGGCGGUCGCCCGCCCCUGAGCAAGGUGUGACGCGGGUUUAGUCCCACAUCGGUUGUGCGCGGAUUAUUCGGGCGAAUAUAUAGUAAAGUUAGCUUUCUAGGCAAAGUCCUCUCGCGUGUACGACCACUCCUUGCCCCACAGCCGGCUGGCCACCGGUGACAUGGAAGGGGAGUGGCACACACGUGCCCCUAUCGAUCCAAGCAAGCCACUCGAGCCCCUGCUCGCGGCUACUCCCCGACUGCGCUUCCGACCCGCUUGCGGGCCCGGCUGGCCAGCGGGUCCCCCCAUUUUGCAAUAUUUUUAUUUUUAUUUCUUGUUCUUCAUUUAUCUCAAAACUAAGACUGUAAAAAUCAUAUAAAAUCACAUAAUUACCCAAAAAUUCACGUUAAUCAACUGAAAACCACUUUUCAUGCUUUAACACAAAUAUAAGUCUAUUUAUCAUGAGUUAAGGCUAAAACUAUAUUAUUUACUAAUUAUUAACUCAUGAUAAUGAAGACUUAUCAGCUGGCAAACCAGCUGUCGCUAGAAGGGUCAGCCUUCUCUAGCAGCACUGGGAAGCGGAGCAGAGGAAGGAGAUGAUCCGGCCGGCAAAAUCAGGGAGGGUUGAGCCCUCUUGGUCUAGGCGGUGCCAGAAACAGCACGACAGCGGCGGAUCAUCAGGAAACUCUGGCAGGGGCCUGUGCGGAGCUUGUUCUAGAUCUAGCUCAUCGGCACGGCAGUAGGGUCUCUUCCGACGUCGACGGCAGGUCGGCGUUCGUCGACGAAUGGCCAGCGACUGGGCAGAGUGGUGGAGGGCAGCUCCGGCGAGUUUAUGGUGGAGUACUAGAGGAAGAAGCGACAGUCAAACCAGGAGUCGAGAGACUUCGGCAGAGUGUUUGGCGAUGGCUUGUAGGGAGGCGAAGCGAGCCCCUUUCGUCACAAUGGCGUGAUGGGGUUCCAGCAGAGGUGGCGGCGGCUGCAGUGGCAACCGCGACCGUUUUGUCCAGUGACGGCGGCGAGUUCUCGGGCGGCAAUGAGAUGGCCGGCGGCGAUAGUGGUCUCAGGCGGCGGCGGGACUUAUCGAGCAGCAGCGUCAUGAGGAACAAAGUCCUCGAAGGUGGUAUCGAUGGCCUUCCUCUUCCUCCUUCCCUCCCUAUCCUAGAUCACAGAGAAGGUACUCACAAAAUGAUAAUCUCUCUCAAAAAUACGGCGCUCUCUUGAGGGGGGGGGGUCCUACCUCCCCUUAUAUGGGGGCCCAUAAGUGGGCGAAGGGGAGGUGGGCCUGUUUGAGACCCUCAAGCCCAUAAGCCACAAAGGCUACAAAAGGGGCUUAUUGGGCCUCUUAAAGAGAGACCUAAUAAGCUCCCCUAAAAGGAGAAAGAGGAGGGUCCUCUUACGGUGCUUAAGUGGGCCUCAAAUGAAGACCCAAAUAAGCCCCAAAAGAGGCCCAAAAGGAAAGACACAUAGGUUCCCCCCCCUUAGAGUUUUAAUUAGGCCUCAAAAGAGAGACCCAAUAAAACCUUAAAAAAUGGGAGACAUAAACAACGACACACACAUAUAGAAUUGGGCCCGCUAACACACACAUAGAAUUGGGCCUGGUAACACACACACAUAGAAUUGGGCCCACUAACACACAAAUGCAAGGCCCAACAAGUCAACGUAAAAAUACAAAGAAAGAUAAGUGUGAGCUCUAGCUCGUCAUCAUUCCAAAGGUGGAAUGUUGUUGUCCCAAAGGGCUAAGCCGUAUAGCGAAAGCCAAGCUCUUUCAUCUUCACGCAUCGAUUGGGCUGAACUCAGACUGCCGGUGCCUCCUGAGUUGAUGGAGAUGAGUCCUACUCACCAUCACUCGAGUGGCUAGGACUGAUGAGGGCACGUGUGCACCACUCCCCUUCCAUGUCACUGGUGGCCAGUUGAUUGUGGGGUAAGGAGUGGUCAUACAUGUGGGAGAAAAGGACUUACUUGGAAAUAUAAUAUUACUAUAUAUUUGCUCUAAACUUUGGUGCACAAGCAAUGUGAGACUAAACUCAUGUCACACCUUUCCUCAAAAGGCCUCGAUGCUUUUAAUACUUACAAUACCCCUUAUUUAUAAUAGAGAUAUAUCAUGAUGACAUCAUUUGAUAAUGACAUUAGAGUAUUUAUUUCAAUCUCUCUCAUACAUGUAGGCAAUCAGUGCGGGUUCGAAUCCUCCUAAAAUAAAAACUCAUAUUUUUAUUUGAUUAUCAUAAAUUUUUGUAGAUUGAUGGUGAAGGAUUAAGCUACCAUAAUUACUAGAUCAUUGGUGAAAAUCUCGUUAAUGCAAUUUGUGGAGCAUUGUUACUAAAAUUACUAAACAAUUCACGAUAAAAGAAUCACGAAUCUAUGGAGUAAAAGAUCUUCAAUUGAUCGACAAAUAAACCAUCGUCAGAAAGAGGACAAUUGACAUGACUCAGUCGUUGUAUAUUAAAUCACACAAAUAUAAAAUUUAUAAAACUAGAAAAUAUGAAUUUUUAGAUAUUUAGAAGUAUUUCUAAAUAAAUAUAUCAAUUAUAAUUUAAUAAAACUUCCAAAAAUAGUGAUAAUUUUCCAGGUCGAUCACAGGGAUGUAAUAUAAUAUCUAGUAAUUAUUUAUAGUUUUUCUCAAUGAAUAUGAUUUUCUAUGAAUUUUAUACUAGGAAAUAAAAAAGAAAUAUAUUUAAAAUUUACGAAAAAAAAGAAAUAAGGGUGCGGACAUCGAGAUGAUGUCAGCGCCGGGCGGAUGUGAAUCAGAUGAAAAUAGAGUUUUGCCCAGUGAUUCUUGCGUAUGCAAUUACAAAUGAUUUAAUUAAUCAAAUUAAGAUUUGUAAAAGCCUGAAGAAUCGUAAUUGAACAAAAUAUAUUUUGGUAACUUAAAAACACAAAAAUUAUCACUAAAUAAAGUAUAAAGUAAAUUGAAAGCAAGAAAACAGAGUUCCGGCGUCGCGACACUAAUGCGUCGGCGAUGCACCGAAAUCUUGAGCAUUUGGGAGGAUUGUCAUGUAGUGUCCACGGCCUCGAAAGCUCUCCUUGGACAAAGACGACGUGGGCAAUCUCUAGAUUUUCUCGCGAAGUCUAGAGAUCAAUGAAGUGGGUUGUUGAUCGUCUUCCGACGGCGUCACCCAACGGAGCAGAAAAAUAGCAACUUUGCAGCUCUCCGGCAGCUGUCACCCGACAGAGAGGAGUUGGAUGGAGGUGGGGUGCGUGUCAGGAAGCUUCAUUCUCAAGUCCGCGCAACAAGAGGAGGCUCUUCAUCACAUCUGGUACGCUCUCAGGAGGUGGCAACUCAUCUCUUGGCAGAUCGUCUUCUUCCCGACAAUGGCUUGUUCGUCGAUCAAUCGGAGAUGA